AUGUAUAACACUCAUCGCGGGAUGGUUCCCGCUCCCAACUCUCGCCUGACAGAGUUGUUGGACCAGCUCCGUCAGGAAUUUGAGAACCAAUCCAGAAGCACUGGCGAGUUUGAACACCAAUUAACCGGACAGCUGCAGGAAAUGGAAAUGAUCCGGCAAAAAAUCUUUCAGCUGGAGCAGACGCAAGUGAAGAUGAAGAACGACUAUGAAGCGGAAAUUCGAGUGCUGCGACACGAGCUUGAGUCUCGCGGUGUCCAACCCGUCUCAUCGCAUAUCACCGGCCCUGCCCAGCACACUGGCCCUUCCCAGGCGCCGCCGCCUGCCUUGGGUCAUGGUCCGAGCAACUUGUUCGGCGGUAUCAUGACCAAUCAAGGAGGUAGUGGCCCCGGUCUUGCCCCUCCCCCUCCCCAGGAUCAGCAGCCUCCCCAGCAUACUCUUCAACAACCUGCUGCCGCGGCUCAGCAAGGAGCGCCGCAACCACCACAGAGCUCGUUCGGAGGAUAUCAACCUGGUGCUGCUGUGAACGGCUAUGGACCCCCUCCUCCACCUGCUGCCUCCCCAGGUCCUGGUAAGCGGCCUCGCGCCCCUCCUGGCCCGGCUACCCCCCAGCAGACUCAUCAGCUCGCUUAUCCCGACCCACGCGUCUCCCCGCAACUGGCUCGGCCGACCCCUCCUACUCAGUCAUUGGUCCGCGAUCGCCCUGGGAACAUGCUCGCCAACUGGAACCCCGACGAGCUACCGGCUUCACAGAAGCGGGAGGGCGCUGAUUGGUAUGCUGUGUUCAACCCGGAAGUGCAGCGCGUACUAGAUGUCGAACUUGUCCAUCAUCUCGUCCAUGACAGCGUCGUCUGCUGUGUCAGGUUUAGCCGAGAUGGCAAAUACCUUGCCACUGGCUGUAACCGUCAGGCACAGAUUUACGAUGUUACUAGCGGUCAGGUUGUCGCCACUCUGCAAGACGAAACAGUCGAUAAGAACGGCGAUUUGUACAUUCGCAGCGUUUGCUUCAGUCCGGAUGGCAAGUAUCUUGCUACGGGUGCGGAAGACAAACAGAUUCGGGUUUGGGACAUCAGUUCUCGGACUAUCAAGCACGUUUUCAGUGGCCACGAGCAGGACAUCUACUCUCUGGACUUUGCGGGCAAUGGCCGCUAUAUUGCUUCCGGCAGUGGAGAUAAGACUGUCCGUCUUUGGGACAUUCUCGACGGCAAGUUAGUUUACACCCUGAGCAUUGAAGAUGGUGUGACCACUGUGGCCAUGUCACCUGAUGGUCAUUACGUCGCUGCGGGUUCCCUCGACAAGAGCGUUCGGGUCUGGGAUACGACCACCGGCUACCUUGUGGAGCGCCUGGAAAAUCCUGAUGGCCACAAGGAUAGUGUCUACUCAGUCGCAUUUGCACCCAACGGUAGAGACCUCGUCAGUGGCAGUCUCGAUAAAACCAUCAAGCUCUGGGAGCUCAAUGUUCCCCGUGGCGCGUACCCGGGGAGUGGAGUCAAAGGCGGAAAAUGUGUCCGUACCUUUGAGGGUCACAAGGAUUUUGUGCUCAGUGUUUGCUUGACCCCUGAUGGCCACUGGGUUAUGAGUGGCUCCAAGGAUAGAGGCGUCCAAUUCUGGGAUCCAAUCACUGGCAACGCACAGAUGAUGCUUCAAGGUCAUAAAAACUCAGUCAUUUCUGUGGCUCCUAGUCCCACCAACAAUCUAUUCGCUACAGGCAGCGGUGAUAUGCGGGCAAGAAUCUGGAGGGUGUUUGCGUUGCCGAAGGAUGAUCGCGUCCUUCCCCGACUCCCGCGCGCGGUUGGCUAUAACCCGAAGCAGGCUGCAAACCCUAAUGUCUUGCUGUGCACUCUGCAGGAAUAUUCACCACAAGGGAAAAGAAGAUGUAAAUUAGUCUUAUCGCUUGAGUUCCAGCACAUGGGUGCGGGAUUUGAAAAUAUGUCUUUCGUUUUCUUUGGGAGGGGGCAAAACACCCCGGGCCCCCCUUGGAGAGAUUCUGAGACUGCAUCGAGCACUGGUGUCAAGCCACGAUUCAUGUGCAGGUUUUUCCCUCCAAAGCACAUUCAAUACGAGUCUGUGUGUCCGGUAGGGACGGAAGAUCUCCAGUACGUCCAGUACAAAGUGCUGGCCCCAACUUCGCGAUGGGGUUGGUAUUUGGGGAGGGGCGAUGGGAUUAAUAUGAGUAUUUCAUGGCUGAGAUUGUUAGCACACAAGUGGCCUAGUUAG